AUGCUGUUGGGACCUGUGCUCCAGUCACCGGAGCUGCUGCAACCCGUGCUCAAGCUGGAGCCACCGGUGUUCCUCAAGAUGCUAGUGUUCCUAGAGGAGCUGCUGCAAUCCGUGCUCAAGCUGGAGCCACCGGUUUUCCUCAAGAUGUUGGUGUUCCUAAAACUUGUGCUCCUCAAAUUGGUGCUUUUCCCGUUGGUGCAUGGUGGUCAACGUCAUCUACUAGUGAAGGAAAAUUUUCACUUUGUUGGUGCUGCAAUGGGUCAAUCUUCGAUGUCUCCAAUUGAUUUGGGUGCUAGAAGAACUCCUUCUCCAGCACAAAAAACUGAUGAUCUAGUGGAUGAUGUAGAUGUAGAAGAAACUGAAACAAUUAACGUCGAUGAGAAUUUUAGAACCGACAGGCGUUUGAACUGGUCGGUUGAUGAAGAUAAACGAUUGUGUUGCUACUGGUCGUGCUGUAGACAGGUGUUUCUAGCACUUGUGCUCCUUCAACAAUGCUCAUUAAAUUAUUUUCUUCAUGAAAACUAUUUAUAUAAACUUGCAUCGAGAAGGAUGAUUUUUAGUGAUGAAGUCUUGAAGUUGACUCAUUUCAACUUUUGCUUUUUUGGUGCUCCAGCAAUUGUUGGUGACAACACCCCUUCUGAUGGUGUACCCAAGCAACAAGAAGUUAUGCAACAUCUAUGCCAGCCCCUUUGCAUCCUUCUGGUUUUCUCAAUGAGGAUGAACAACCCCAUGGAUUCUGACUCACUACAGGAGCAAUUGCUAAGUGGGGACAGAAGGAAGGCUGUGGCAAUGAGGCAACAUCUAUUCAGUUAG